CAAUCAAGACUCAUAAGAAAUAGAAUCAAUUGCCAAUUUAUUUGAUUCACUCAAAUUCACAUCAGCGACUCAUAGUCGAAAUUAAUUGUGGAAAAAACCAUAUUAAAUAAAAACUGUGUCACUUUGUGGUGUUGAAAAUCAAAUACAAAUAUUUAAACCAAAAUUUAGGCUUCCUCACACGGAUUUCAACUUCAACAAUCAUUCUUCAGGAGAUAAAGGUCGCUAUCAUUGUGUUUUAUCGCGCACAAAAGAAGAAAAAAAAACCACAUUCACACCAAAAAGUGCUGAAUUUUCAGAAGUGGGGAGAAACAUCUGACUGUAAUAUAAUUCACACACGCAAUCAGUCAGUGUAAAUCGUGCAAAUUAGACCCAUUUUCCAUUCACUCACGCUGCAGAAAUGGUGAAUUUCAGUGAAUUAUCCGACUUUCCCGACUUUUCCAACGAGGAAAGUCUGCAAGAGUGCUUUCAAUAUGUGUUGGAAUUGGUGAAGAAGGGCGGUGAAGUGAUUCUCGAGGGUUUCAACAAGACAAAAAAGGUGGAAGAGAAGGAAGACGCUGCUGAUCUCGUCACUGAAUACGACAGAGCGGUGGAAGACAUCAUAAUUAAUGGGAUUAAGCAGAAAUAUUCGAGUCACAAAUUCAUCGCCGAGGAAUCCGCCGCCAAGAACACUCUGACCAGAGAUCCAACGUGGAUCAUCGAUCCCAUCGACGGCACGACAAACUUCAUCCACAGCAAUCCACUCAUCUGCAUCUCCGUCGCUCUGGCCGUGGACAAUAAGCUGCUGCUCGCCAUCUGCCUCAAUCCCAUCCACAGCGAGCUCUACACCGCCAUUCGCGGCCGCGGCGCCUUCCUCAACGGCGACCGCAUACGCUGCAGCCGCGUGACCAGCCUCAGCAGCUCCGUGAUCUCUGUGGAAGUCUCGCUGGGCUGGGCGGCGUCGCUGCGUGACGACGUCAUCGGACGCACUUACGUGCUCAGCAGCCGCGCCAUUGGCGUGCGUUCGCUGGGCUCCAUCGUGCUGGCACUGUGCUAUGUGGCGCGCGGCGCCAUCGACGCCUAUCAGAUGGAAUACCUCAAGCCCUGGGACAUCGCAGCCGGCGCUCUUCUCAUCCGCGAGGCCGGCGGCGUGGUGAAGAACCACCGCGGCGGCGAAUACGACAUUAUGGAGGCGCAAGUGCUCGUCGCCAGCACACAAGAACUCUACGACGAGAUGCUGGCCGUCAAUCGCGAGUGCGCCGGUAAAGUCAUCACAUUCGCCAAGUAGAUUUCUCAAUUGCACACAAAUCUCUUGCCAUUCAAAUAAAAACACCGCGCGCGUCACACGCACAAAUCAUGCAGUUUUUGGGGGGGAAAAGAAAAACCAUCGAGGUUGGAGGAAAGUGUCUCUCAGCUCUGAGUCUCUUUAUCGCUAAACUCAAUUCAAUUCCAAUGCUUUUGUGCACAAACAAGCAAAGGUUUAAAGGCGAUAAUGAAAAUCGCCUAGAUUAAUUAUCUGUCUGACGCUACGAUAAAUACUAAAUAAAUGGUGAAUGUGCCAUGAAAUCAACCCAAAAACAUGACAAAUUCAACCUUAAGUUAGCAC